GGACCAGAGGCGAGGUUUAGGGUUAGGGGAACACAUUCAGGAAGCUGUGUCCGCUGAUAAGACCGGAGGGAAGACAUACGACGUCUGGUCUCUGGGUAGUGUGAUCGUCGCUCCUGGACAUGGCAGGGCUCUAUGGACUGAAGAUCCUGCUGCUAUGUACUGGGCUCAUAGAGCUGGCCAUAUUAACUGGCGACUCGAGCACAAGCACUUCUGACCCUGCAAGCACUGCAGUCGCCCAAACCCAGACAUCUGACCCUGCAAGCACCCUGACUUCCACUACAGCUAUCCCCACAGGCAGCCAGACUAAACCAACACCACCAAAGUGUACAUACACGGUCAUGCCUGUCAGCUAUGGCUUUCAGAUUGACUUAAAGGCCUCAACCUCCGACACAUACAACAUAUCGUACCAGGAUGAAUCAGGAAAAAACAUGACUGUUGAGCAUCAAACGGUGAACUCCACUAUUGUGGUAACAUUGAAGCCUUGCAGGAAAUACACUUUGACAAAGAUUCAGCCUGAAUGUGAACUCCAAGGAAAUAGCACUCUGAGGACUGAGAAAAUGGUAACUGGCGACUCGAGCACAAGCACUUCUGACCCUGCAAGCACUGCAGUCGCCCAAACCCAGACAUCUGACCCUGCAAGCACCCUCAACCAAACCCCAGCCUUUUCUACAAACACCUCCACCUCUCAAUCCCAGGCCUACAAAAACGCUUUGCCUACAAGCACUCCACCCAUUCACAACCAAACCUCACCUGCAAGCACCAUGACUUCCACUACAGCUAUCCCCACAGGCAGCCAGACUAAACCAACACCGCCAAAGUGUACAUACACGGUCAUGCCUGUCAGCUAUGGCUUUCAGAUUGACUUAAAGGCCUCAACCUCCGACACAUACAACAUAUCGUACCAGGAUGAAUCAGGAAAAAACAUGACUGUUGAGCAUCAAACGGUGAACUCCACUAUUGUGGUAACAUUGAAGCCUUGCAGGAAAUACACUUUGACAAAGAUUCAGCCUGAAUGUGAACUCCAAGGAAAUAGCACUCUGAGGACUGAGAAAAUGGAUGACCUAGAGUUUUCCACCAACACGAAGCCGGGAUAUUUGUGUUAUGUGACGAAAUGGGAUAUCAGUGAUGCUGAAUGGAACAGUCCUGUUAUCACCUGGGACAAAGACAAGUGUUUUGAGCUUUCAGAUGAACAUUUCUGCACAAACUUCACAACCAAUGUAGCUGUGCCUGGAGGUUGCAGUGUCAACAUCAGCAAAACUAUACCCAUAACAGCAGAGUAUUCUACAGUCAAACACUCUCCCAAUCUGGAAUACAACAAUGUUGAAAUAGUAUGGAAAAACAAGCCAAAAAACUGUAGCCCUAAAGAUCUGGACAUUCAUUACACCUGUGAAGGAAACAACGGGUCGAUUAACUUGACUGAUUUGGAACCCUUUCAGAAAUACAACUGUAGUGGAAAGAUUACUCACAACAGUAAAGUCAUCAAUACCAAGUCCAUUGACGCUGAAAUCAAGUGUAAAGUGAACAUUACCCAAAGGUCUUCAAACACAAAUACCUCCAUAAGCCUUAAAUGGACCAAUCAGAGCAAUAACUGCCCCAAAAAUACUCAGCUAUUUCACUCCUGCGUUUCCUGUAGAAUUGAGACUGUUAAAGUUAAAGAUUGUCACACCACGGAUGAAUUACAUUAUGAUUUUAAUCAAUUGCAGCCGUUCACAAAUUAUAUCUGUUCAAUUGAGCCAAGGUACAAAGACACGAGUUACGAUACAUUCCCAAGCGUGUCUGAGACAAUACAAACUGCAGCUGGAGUACCUGAUGAGGUGCGGGGGAAAACGAGUGUGACUUAUACUCAGAACAAUGCUUUUACCAUUACAUGUGAGGAAUUAAAGCCAUUUCAGUGGAAGGGAAAAGAGAACUGGUACAUUGCAACGAUCACUGGGUCUGAGGCAAAAAAACAAAAAAAAUGCAAUUUUACAUUUGCGGACCUCAGCUAUUUAGCAGACUACACAGUUCAGAUCUUUACAUACAAUGGGAAAUACACGAGUAAACGGAUAGAAACACACAUUACUACUCGCUACAAUGACAAAGCUGUGAUUGGGUUCCUUGUGUUCUUCAUCAUCCUGAUGUCUCUGGCUCUCCUCUUCUUUCUCUACAAGAUCUACAACCCGCAGCGCAAGACGUCCAACACAACAUCUGAGACAAAGACAACUGUCAUUUUCAUUAGUGGAACAGUCCCUUUGCCUCGAGGAUUCAGAGGGGUAAAAACUGAUGCUUGGUACACCCUUAGAUGAUGCCACUUCUACUGGUUUCCUUGAGGAACGCCUCGGGAACCUGAGAAAGCGGCGUCGGAGACCAGGACGGCUCAACUCUACAUCUGCAGCCGCUGAAGAUAACAGACAAAGCAGGAAUCCUGUAUUGACAAUGAUAUUAGGCCACAUUUUAGUUUAAUGGUUUCCUAGAUGGUCUACUGUAUUUCAGACAUCCGAUGCAAUUUUGUUGAUAUACACAAUUCACUAUAUUUAGGGAAAGAGGGAUUUCCCAGGUGAAAUGUAACUUGAUAUGACAUACUUUUUGCCAGUGACGACCCGACAUUCAGGGCAGGUGGAGCAGAGUCCCACCUUUUUGGAGUCACACAUUUUUAGCUAAAAAACAUAACAUAAAUGUUUGU